GCCACCAACAAACACACACAAAACAGAGACACCUGUACACACACACACAGACAUGUACAUACACACAGAAACAUGUACAAACACGCACAGAGACACAUGUACACACACAUACAAACACAUGUAUACACACACAGGCACGCAUACACACAGAUAAAUGUACACACGCACAGACACAUGUACAUACAUACAGACACAUGUACACACAGACACAUGUACGUACAUACAGUACACACAAACACACACACGUACAUGCACACACACACAGACACAUGUACACACACACAUACAUGUACAUAUACGCAGACACAUGUACAGAUACACACAUGUACAUACAGACAGACACAUGUACAAAAACACACACACACCCCUAUAAAAAGUUGCAGUACUUCGUUGUUCACUCACAGAGCUGGGUACUGCACUCUAGGGGGAGGCAGAGAACACAGCACACACUCCUUCCUUUGCAUUCACUGCGCUCAGCUAUUGAGCAGUCUGACGUCUCCCAGUGCCACUGACAGAUCCGGCCUGAGCUCCAAGCCUGCUCAGCAAGAUGGCCCUGGGGGACACACUCGCCCUCACCAUAAUUUCCACUCGCCAUUGGUGAGCAGGCGAGUGGAAAUUUCAAGC